GGGAGGUGGAUAAAGAGGGAAAAAUGCUGGUGAAAGCGCUGGACGAAACGGGAUGGACGAUUUUGAAUGGAAACCACAAGGGGGAUGAGGAGGGAGAGUUCACAAGAGAGGAAGGAGUAAAUAGGACGGUCAUAGACUACGUACUGACGGAUGAUAGGGAGAGGGGAAUAGUGGAAAGUAUGGUGGUGGGAGAGGAAUGUAAUUCGGAUCACUUCCCACUGCUGGUAACGGUGAAAGGAGAGGAGUCUAGGAGGGCAGGGGGACCCAGAACGAAGGGAAGUAGGAAGUCACUCAAGGUAUCUUUCUGGGAGAGAGAGGAGAGAGAAAAACUGAGAAGAGAAUUAGAGAAGAUGGAAUGGGGGGAGGGUUCGGUGGAUGAGAUGGUGAAGGAAGUAAGGGAAAGGGUGAAGGAGAUCAAAAGUAGGAUAGAGAGCGAGAUGAAAAGGAAAGGGAAGCGUUGGGGGGACUGGUGGGA